UUGAUUAAAAUAUGCAAUGAUAUUUAAAUAGAGGACGACACUUGUCGUCGUUAUAAUUGUAAAAUGAAAUUGAGUUUUUGGAAGUGAGCCUUGGUUCUCGGUUGUCUGUUAAGUGUUUAAAUUAAUUUUUAAAACUUUUUUAUUUUAAAUACAAAUGGUUUAUUAAAUUUUGUUUAUUGUUUUAUUAAUUUAAUUGUAAUGUCUGGUGAUGUACAGCCAAAAAAACGUAAAGAUAAAAAACGAAAAAGAGCUGAUCAAGAGUACCACAUACAAAGGAUACAAAUUCUGGAAGAAGAGGACAUUGGAACACCACCACCUCCAAUGGUAGUUAAUAAUUCUGAUAAUUUGGAUAAUAUUACCAUACACAUGAACAAAGAAAGAGCAACUGGAGGUCAUUGGUGUGCAAAAAUAAUAUUCUUUGCAUUACUUAGUGUACUGAUAGCUAUUGUUGGUGUUAUUAUAUUUGAAUAUCGUGGAUCAACUGAGGUUGAUGUACCAAUUGAAUCAUCAAGAUGGGCAAUGAUAUUUGAUGGUUGGGUGGAUGAUGCAUUGCCAACUCAUGAUGUUCAUGAAUCAUCAAAAGAAGAAGAAGAAGAUCAUGAUCAUGGUGGAAAAGAAGAAGAAGAAGAGGAUGAUCAUGAUCAUGAUGAGGAUAAUGAAAGUGGAACUGUUGAAGAAAGUGUAGAAGAGAAAAAAGAAUCAAAUGAAAUUAAUGAUGGAGAUUCAAGAGAAGCUGAUGAUGAAGAAGAAGAAGAAGAAGAGGAAGAAGAAGAUGAUGGUGAUGAUGAAGAAAAUAGUGAGGAAGAAGAAGAGAUUGAAGAAAAUAUUUUAUAUAUAGAAGAAAGUGAAGAACAAAAUGAAAAUGAUGAUGAUGAUGAUGAACCAUUAGAAGAAGCAGAUGAAUCUGAAGAACAAAAAGCGGUAUUUGAUGAGGAGGAAGAUGAUGAUGAUUUAUUAAAUGAUGAUGAUGAUAUGUCAUUUGAAAUUCUUGAUGUAGUAAUAACUCAUGAUAUUGAAGACAGUAGUGAGCCAUUAGAAGAAAUAGAAGGAGAAGAUGAAAUUGAAGGUGUAACAAUAAAUGAUCCAGUUGGAAUGAAUGCUGAGGAUGAUAAUGAUGAUGAUGAAGCAAAAAAUCAAGAAAAUCAAGAAGAUGAACCAUCAAGUGUGGCAGUUAAGUUUGGCGUUGGAGUUGCACUUGUCGUUGCUGCACAUUUUGUGCUCGUUAGAAGAUGGAGAAAUGUUGAUGAUUUUGAGGAUGAUGUUAUAUUGACAGAAAAUAUUUCACCUGAAUUAUCAAGAAGAGAAACAAUUUUUUCUUCAAAAUCACUUGAUGAAAAUGUGGAUAUUUUAAAUGAUAAUAAAAAUGAAUUGGAAGAAAAAUUGAAUAAAAUUAAUGAUGAAAAAUUCGUAGGAUCUAAAAAUAAUGAAGAGGAUAACGAACAGCAGUCAGGAACAGAAGAAGAAUUAACAACAUACGAUGACACUGGAGAAGAUGAAGAUGAUGAUGAAGAAGAAGAAGAAGAAGGUGAUGAAGAACUUGAAGAAUCAGAUAAUGAAAUUAUUCAUGUUGAUGACAGUGAUCUAGUUGCAAAGCUUGAAGCAAAAUAUGGAAAACUUCCAGCUUCAAAGCAAAGUGAAGAAGAAGAGGAUGAAGAUGAAAUUGAUGAUGAAGAAUAUGAAGAUGAAGAUGAUGAUGAAGAAGAUAUAACACGUGAAGAUAGUGAAGAAGAAGAAGAUAGUGAAUCAGAACAACUUUAUGAUUUAAAACAUACAAAAGGAGCAACAACAAGUGGAACAUCAAAACCUGAAACGAAAAAUUCACAAAGUUCAACUUCACAACAAAAAAAAACAGAUGGUCGACAAGAACAGCCAGUUGACAUAUUAAAUUUCGAUGACAUUGAAGUUCAAGAAGAAGUUGAAAAUUGGCUUAUGAGGGAUUUUGACAAUUAAAAAUAAACUAAUAUUAUUAUUAUUUAUAAUUAUUAAUUAAUUUGUUAUAUAUUUUGAGAGAUAAAAAAAAAAUUAAUUUGUAAAAAUCGUAUAUUAAAUUAAAUAAAAUUAAGUUAAUAUUUGUUUUUUGUUUUUCUCGUUGAAAAUUUCGAUUAAUUUAUUUUUAUUUAUGUAUUUAAUUUAUUUGUCAAUAAAUAAAUAAAUAAUUAAUUGUUGAAUUUAUUAAAAA